AUGCGCCAGCCGAAUCCCGCACCAAGCCACCGGAACGAAAAGACAGUGGCCGAUUUAGAGUUGUAUCCUCGUUUCCACAAGCGCGAACCGUCUGGGGAACCGGAUCGAGUGUCGCAAAGACUCUUCAGCGAGAUCUGGGCCGGCCGUCAUUUCAGCCCUUUGGGCCUGUUCUGGUCGGGGUAA